AUGUCCAGUGAACCACUGCGACGCAAACGGAUGAUGAAUUGCCUUUGGAGGUGUAGUAGUCCUUUACUCUCGUGUUUUAAAACGGAAUCAAAACUGAAGUUCUUCACUGAUCUGUCAUACUCUCUCCGUUUAGUUACGCCGACUAAAUCAAUCUUCCGUUCUCACGUAUUCGACCCUGUAUUCCAAGUCCGUUUCGUUUCAAAAAAUCUCAUCACUAACAAUACGCUGUGUUGGUUCCAAAGUGAACCUCACAUAACCGGUGAAACGAAAUUGUUGAUCUCUGAAGGCUUUGAAAAAACUUUGACUCGUGAAAAAAUAUUAUCAACAAACGAAGGCGUACCCAGAAACUCUCGAAAAUCCAAAGCAGUAAAUGACUGGACCGCACAGAGCUUACACUUGCCAAAUAAUGAACUCGCAACGCGACUCGGCGAUACUCAAUUAUUAGACUUGAGUUACGCCAGCGAUACUCAGUUAGAUGCGGAUCACGCUUGUGAUCCUUAG